GCGGCGCGGAGAGCCGAGCGCGCAGGCACACGGAGGAGGCGGCGGCGGCGGGGCGGCGAGCGAGCGAGCGGGCGGGGGCGACAGGCAGCGGCUCCCCGCCCGCCCACUCACACAUGCUGCCGAGCCGCAGUCAGCUGGAGCCCCGCUUCCUCCCGAGCCGCCGCCGAUGAUGACCUGCUCGCCCCGGCAGGGCAGGGGAUGGUAGAUCGGCCGCCCGCAGCCCCCGUUCAGCCCAUCCCGCUUCGCAGCAGCCUCGGCCGCCGGAGCGGCCGCGCAAGAGGAGCCGCAAAAUGAACCCCCAGUGCGCCCGCUGUGGCAAAGUGGUCUAUCCCACCGAGAAAGUCAACUGCCUGGACAAGUACUGGCACAAAGGAUGUUUCCACUGUGAAGUUUGCAAAAUGGCUCUGAACAUGAAUAACUACAAAGGAUAUGAAAAGAAACCUUAUUGCAAUGCACAUUACCCAAAGCAGUCCUUCACCACAGUGGCUGAUACACCAGAAAAUCUUCGCCUGAAGCAGCAAAGUGAAUUGCAAAGUCAGGUAAAGUACAAAAGGGACUUUGAAGAAAGCAAAGGAAGAGGGUUCAGUAUCGUGACCGACACGCCCGAGUUACAAAGACUGAAAAGGACUCAGGAACAAAUCAGUAAUGUAAAAUACCAUGAAGAUUUCGAGAAGACGAGGGGCAGAGGCUUCACCCCCGUGGUAGAUGAUCCGAUCACAGAGCGGGUGCGGAAAAACACCCAGAUCGUGAGCGACGCAGCGUACAAAGGGGUGCACCCCCACAUCGUGGAGAUGGACAGGAGACCUGGGAUCAUUGUGGCCCCUGUUCUCCCUGGGGCGUAUCAGCAAAGCCAGUCCCAAGGAUAUGGAUACAUGCACCAGACCAGUAUGUCAUCCAUGAGGUCCAUGCACUCACAGCCUCAUUCAGCAAGUCUGAGAACAUACAGAGCUAUGUAUGACUACAGUGCUCAAGAUGAAGACGAAGUUUCCUUCAGGGAUGGUGAUUAUAUCAUCAACGUGCAACCCAUCGAUGAUGGCUGGAUGUAUGGUACUGUUCAGAGAACUGGGAAAACAGGGAUGCUUCCAGCAAAUUAUAUUGAGUUUGUUAACUAAUUUCUGUCUCUAGUCCUUGGAGCUUUAUUAUGAUUUACUCAAAAUCUAACCUUUUAGAAGAAGUCAGAAGGAUCUUUUAAGAAUCCAUGUCCAUUACUUCGCCACUGCUAUAACAGUCUGCACUCUCACUCAGAAUUCAGUUUAGAGUCCUUUAAAGAUAAAACAAUCAGCAAGAAGCUCAGAGCUUUGGCAACAGCAUUGCUUGUCACAGUGCUCCCUCAAAAUGCAAAGCAUACAUGGAAGCCCUGGUGGUGCCAAUCCUGUAAAGAUUUCAGUCGAUUAGCUGUCGAGGGGCAAUGGCUUCUCCCUGCACCUCUGAGGCAUGACUUCUCUUGAUGAUAGCAGCCACAGAGUUGAUUCACUUCUUAUGGCACUCUGAAGUCACAGGUGGUUAACACUCAAAGUCUGAGCCACAUCUUCAAAUUGUCAGGAAGGUGCUUACUGUUUGAGCAGUUAGCAUGCUAAGAAAGAAAUGCUGAGCAGCUCAUUCUCUCGCUUGAAAUAAUGGCCACUAAUAUGCUAAUAAAAAGACAAACCCAAGAAGUGAGGACCCCUACUGCCCAGCAGCCUUACACUAAACAGGUCUGGUUUAGCAACAAGCAUUUCCUGACUCUAGCAGACCUUCAUUUCUUCCUUGUUUCUUAUUUCCAACAGCCAAGUCUUCUGUCAGCUUUGCUUGCAUCCUGGUCCAUCAUAGAAUCAUAGAAUGGUUUGCAUUGGCAGGGACCUUAAAGAUCAUCCAGCCUCCCACUAGACCAGGUUGCUCAAGGCCUUGUCCAUCAGCUAGGUCCAUGCCCAGAUUCAUGGUUCUUUGGCAUGCUUUCCACAGAAGAUUCCUUGCAAAGACUAUCUAGAGUCUAAAACCUGUCAACUCUUCUGUUUCCUUCUACUAACCUUUAGCAUUUCAAUAGAAACUUCCAUUAGGGCAAUGUACAACCAAUACUUCCUGUUGGUUCCUUGGCCUUCCCCUGUCCUGCUGUAAAUAAGAGCCCCGUGUGAAGCCCCAGUGCUGUGCAGUCACACGAAGCCUGCAGUCCCACCCCUCCGGGUAACUCGCUUGCUGGCUGCUUUCCUGAUGAGCUGAUGUCCCUACCCCUGCUGCAGAAACACUUGCACCUCCGCUGAGGAGUGGAGGAGAGCUCUGGCUGCUGUAGUGCAUUGCAGCUCGAUGGCCUGCUGCUUCCAUUUCCUCCAGAGCCCUUGGUGACGCCACAGCGGGCUGGAUACUUGCCAGAGGGCUGGUGGUGGAGAGAAGGUCUGUUUCCUUGUGCUGGUUUAAUCACUUGACAGACACUGAAGGGAAGAGUGACCAAGCAGAAGU